AUGUCUAAAAAUAGUAACAUGAAUAACAAUAGAUCGCAAGAUCCAAACAACAUGUUUGUACAAACCACAGGAGGUGGGAAAAAUGCUCCGAAGCAAAUCCAUGUUGCACAUAGACGUUCUCAAAGUGAACUGACGAAUCUAAUGAUUGAGCAAUUCACUUUGCAAAAGCAACUGGAACAAGUCCAAGCACAACAGCAACAACUGCUGGCCCAACAUCAACAAUUGGCCCAACAGACAGGACAAUAUCUUUCGGGAAAUUCAGGCCCAGGUAAUCAUUUUGCUCCUCAACCUCCUCACCCACAUUACAACUCAAAUGGUAAUUCACCCAAUAUGAGUGCUGGUGGCAAUAGAAGUAGAGCCCAUUCGAGAAACAAUUCUGGAUAUUAUCAAAACUCCUACGAUAACAAUAACAACAAUAACAACAACAAUAAUAACUCUGGUCCUAAUUCGCACAGAAAGACUAGUUCACAAUCUAGCAUUUACGGUCAUUCGAGAAGGCAUUCUUUAGGUCUGAAUGAGGCUAAGAAGGCCGCUGCUGAAGAACAGGCCAAAAGAAUAUCUGGGGGUGAAGCAGGUGUAACUGUGAAGAUAGAUCCUGUUCAAUCAGAUACUGGUUCAAAUACCACUACAGAACAGUCCGAAUUCAAGUUCCCGCCACCACCAACCUCACAACAGGGCCACCGCCGUGCAACUUCAAAUCUAUCACCACCUUCUUUCAAGUUUCCGCCAAACUCCCAAGGUGACAAUGACGACGAAUUCAUAGCCACUUCUUCCACACAUCGUCGCACAAAGACAAGAAACAAUGAAUAUUCGCCAGGUAUCAAUUCUAACUGGAGGACUCAAUCACAGCAAUCGCAACAGCAACUGUCUCCAUUCCGUCACAGAGGUUCCAACUCCAGGGAUUAUAAUUCAUUAAACACUCUAGAGCCCCCUGCGAUCUUUCAACAGGGUCAUAAGCACCGUGCUUCUAAUUCAUCUGUUCAUAGUUUCAGCUCUCAAGGCAAUAGCAACGGAGGCGGGCGUAAAUCCCUAUUUGCACCCUAUCUUCCUCAAGCAAAUAUUCCGGAACUGAUCCAAGAAGGAAGACUAGUAGCUGGUAUUUUAAGAGUUAACAAGAAAAACAGGUCAGAUGCUUGGGUCUCUACAGAUGGGGCUCUUGAUGCCGACAUUUAUAUCUGCGGCUCCAAAGAUCGUAAUAGAGCUCUCGAAGGUGAUUUGGUUGCCGUAGAGUUAUUAGUCGUCGAUGACGUUUGGGAAUCUAAAAAGGAAAAAGAAGAAAAAAAGAGAAGAAAGGAUGCCUCUAUGCAACACGAUAUUAUUCCUUUGAACAGUAGUGACGAUUACCACAACGAUGCAUCUGCCACUGCAGCAACGAGUAAUAAUUUUCUAUCGUCAUCUUCGUCAUCCGACUCGCCAAACAAAGAUGACUCGUCCAUUAGAAGAAAUACGUCAUCAAACAUCAAUAACGACAACGAUCCUUUAUCGUCUCCCACUAAAACAGGUGUGAAGAGAAGAAGUUCAUUAAAGCAACGUCCAACCCAAAAGAAAAAUGAUGAUGUUGAGGUUGAAGGUCAAUCGUUAUUGUUAGUUGAGGAGGAGGAAAUAAAUGACAAAUACAAACCACUGUAUGCAGGUCACGUUGUUGCUGUUUUGGAUCGUAUCCCUGGUCAAUUAUUCAGUGGUACGUUGGGUCUAUUGAGACCAUCCCAGCAAGCUAACAGUGACAAUAAUAAACCACCUCAGAGCCCAAAAAUAGCCUGGUUUAAACCUACUGAUAAGAAGGUUCCGUUAAUCGCAAUUCCAACAGAGUUGGCACCAAAGGACUUUGUUGAAAAUGCAGAUAAAUACUCCGAGAAGCUAUUUGUUGCCUCUAUCAAACGUUGGCCAAUCACAUCUUUGCAUCCGUUUGGUAUUUUAGUUUCUGAACUCGGAGACAUUCACGAUCCAAACACCGAAAUUGAUUCUAUUCUAAGGGAUAACAAUUUCCUUUCAAAUGAAUAUCUGGAUCAGAAAAAUCCACAAAAGGAGAAAUCGAGCUUUCAACCACUGCCAUUAACAGCGGAGAACUUGGAAAAGAGAAGAAAUUUUACAGACGAUAAUGAAUACAACAUUCUCGCAAUUUCAGAGCUUGGAUGGAUCUCGGGAUUUGCUUUACAUGUUAGAAACAACGAUGAUGGCACGGUUGAGCUAGGUUGUCAUGUCGUUGACGUAACAAGCCAUAUUGAAGAGGGUUCUUCUGUUGACAGACGUGCUAGAAAAAGAUCAUCCGCAGUAUUUAUGCCACAGAAGCUCGUUAAUUUACUACCACAGUCCUUCAACGACGCACUCUCACUGGCACCGGGUAAAGAAUCUCCCACCAUAUCAGUUGUAUAUACUCUAGAUUCUUCUACUCUAAGAGUUCAAUCUACUUGGGUAGGAGAAUCGGUCAUCUCUCCAUCGAAUAUUUUAUCAUUGGAACAAUUGGAUGAAAAAUUGUUAAGCGGAAACCCUGGGACCUACCUCUCUCUGGUACAAGAAAUUGCAAGAUCAUUCUAUGCUGUAAGAAUAAAUGACCCUGAAGCCAAAUUGCUUCCUACACUAUCUUUACUGGAGAGUUUAGAUGACGAAAAAGUUAAAGUCGACUUAAACAUCUUGGAUAGAACUUCAGGCUUUAUUGUAAUAAACGAAAUUAAAAGAAAAGUUAAUUCGACCGUAGCAGAGAAGAUUUAUACCAAGCUUGGUGACUUAGCUCUUUUGAGAAGACAAAUGCAACCUAUUGCAACCAAAAUGGCGUCAUUCAGGAAGAAAAUCCAAAACUUCGGUUACGAUGUUGACAUCAGUUCGGCAGAUGAACUCAUUAAAGCAGUGUUAAAGAUUGAAGAUGACGACGUAAGAGUCGGAAUUGAAAUUUUACUGUUCAAGACUAUGCCAAGAGCCAGAUAUUUCAUUGCCGGCAAGGUCGAUCCAGAUCAGUACGGUCAUUAUGCUCUGAACUUACCUAUCUAUGCUCAUUUCACAGAUCCAAUGAGAAGAUAUGCUGAUCAUGUCGUUCACAGACAAUUAAAAUCUGUUAUUCACGAUGUUCCAUAUACUGAAGAUAUAGAAGCACUAAAGAUUACUUCUGAGUACUGUAAUUUCAAAAAAGAUUGCGCCUAUCAGGCCCAAGAACAAGCAAUUCACUUACUCCUAUGUAAAACGAUCAAUGAUAUGGGUAAUACUACUGGCCAGUUGUUGACUGUGGCCACUGUGUUGCAAGUUUACGAGUCUUCGUUUGACGUCUUUAUUCCAGAAUUUGGUAUUGAAAAAAGAGUUCACGGUGAUCAACUGCCUUUGAUCAAGGCCGAAUUUGACGGCACCAAUCGUGUUUUAGAAUUACAUUGGCAACCUGGUGUAGAUAGCGCAACUUUCAUCCCAGCGGACGAAAAGAAUCCAAAAUCCUACAGGAACUCUAUCAAAAACAAAUUCAGUUCCACGGCCGCAGAAAUCGCUAAUAUUGAACUCGAUAAAGAAGCUGAGUCAGAACCACUGAUCAGUGACCCAUUAAGUAAAGAACUUAGCGACUUGCAUUUAACGGUACCAAGUCUAAGGUUACCAUCCGCGGACAACAACGAACAAAAUGCCUUGGACAAGUUCAUUGCUACUACUGAAACUAGGAUCGAAAAUGAUAACUAUAUUCAAGAAAUACAUGAAUUACAAAAGAUUCCUAUUUUGUUGAGAGCUGAAGUGGGAAUGGCUUUGCCAUGCUUAACCGUUCGUGCAUUAAAUCCGUUUAUGAGAAGAGAAUAA